AUCUGGUGGCUUUGCCUCCGCUUUGUGUCUGCAGGGGGAAGCUGCCUGCACGCCUGCCCACCAGACUACCGAGCGGGGCGCUACCUGUUGCGGGGUGGAGGGGCUGUGGGCUGCUCAGCAAGACACUGCUCGUGCUGGAUGGGCUGUGCCACGGUCCCUGCACUGAGGCAGCCUGGGGAAGGGGCCUUCAGGGCCCCCCCUCUUGGCAGGGCUCCAGAGCUGUCCUUCAAAUGACAGCAGUUACAAGAAGUUGCCUCUGAUGGUCCCCAUCGUCUGCCUCUAUCACCCAUUGCACAGGCAGCAGAGAGCCUGCAUGCUCCUAAACAGUAACUGUUUUGCAUGGAUUUUUCUCUCCUCAGUGGCUAUGACUUUCCAGCUCAGAACUUUUUCUCCUGCAGAGGUUUUUCCUCCCAAAUGCUUGAUUUUUGCCUACGGCACGUAGCUCCUGUUGAGCUCAACUUGUGUGUGCUUCCCUUAAGCCCAUAAAGUCUCUGCAGACCUCCAGGGGCUCCGUUCAGGCGAACUAAAGUGGUGCGGGGUGGGUUGUUGUCUGUACAAGUGCUUGUAGCCUCUCAUCUGCUGGGAGGGAAGGGUUGGCCUCUGCAGAUGUUACUGUGUGAUUGUGCCUGGAUUAUUCCUUCCCCCAGCCCGGUUAGGACGGGGGUAGGCUAACCCCCCUGCCUUUGAGGGGGUGAGGGGAACUGUAUUGCUGUGUUCUUACCCCAGUUUCCCUACUCCCUAGCUGGGGCACCACGUGAUGUGUACUGUUUGGUUUCCACGCUACUAGGCUUUAACCAGGAAAGAUCUGCAGGCAGCUCCACCAUGUCGGAUAGUGACCUCGGGGAGGACGACAGCGCCACAUCUCUGGACCUGUCUCAGUCGAAUAAGAGGAAAAGAAGGGGAAAUCUGCCCAAGGAGUCCGUGAAGAUCCUUCGGGACUGGCUGUAUGAGCACCGCUUCAAUGCCUACCCCUCUGAACAGGAGAAGCUCAGCCUCUCUGGACAGACCAGCCUCUCUGUGCUGCAGAUCUGCAACUGGUUCAUCAACGCCAGGAGACGGCUGCUCCCUGACAUGCUGCGCAAAGACGGGAAGGACCCCAAUCAGUUCACCAUCUCUCGCCGAGGGGGCAAAGCUGGUGACGUGGCCCUGCCACGAGGGGCUGCCACGGGCUCUGGUGUGCUGGUGGUACCUCCUGUGACAGCUGCAGGGGCCUCCAAGAUGCUGUCUAUGUCUGUGUGCCCGCAGGUACUGUGCCACCCUGCCCAGGCACUGGGCAGCAACCUCACGGUGGUGAGUGCCCGCAGCCCUGAGAGGGAGAAGCAGCCUGGCCUGCAGCGAGUAGAGCCGGACCCUCACCCCAAACCACAGCUGGGCACCACUGGCAGCACUAUGGCCUUGCUGGCCCGGGCUGACGCAGCCAGCCCCACAAGCGGACUCUUCAACACGCCGCCCCCGACGCCCCCUGAGCUCUUUGGCGAUGAUUUCAGCAGCUUCCAGCUCCUGGUAGAAGUGGCACUGCAGAAAGCGGCCGAGCUGGAAUCGCAGAGGCAGAGUGGGCAGCUGCCCCUUUUGCCUCAGACUGAGCCCCCAGGAGUCUCCAUCUCCAAAUAACGCCCCCAGGCCAGUUUCUGCUGGGCUGCCCUUCCUUGGGGCCACCUGACUCCUCCCAGCCACAGGUCCUUUUUCUCCAGUCAGGCCAGGGCAUCCCCUGGCAGGAGCCUGGGUCUAACUGCAUCUCCCUAACCAGCUCAUCUCCAAAGUGGACUUCUGUAUCCUGAGGGGCUCCGGCAUCUCCACUGGCCCAGGGGAAGAGGGAAGAUUGUCCCAUCCUGUGAUCCUUAGGCUAUCCAUGUGCUCAGGAGGUAGCCGAUGGCCCUCAGAGCCCCUUUCCAUGCAAGCCCUGGCAAGGAUGGUGCCUUGGGAGGUGCCAGAGGGAUGCAGCCAUAGCAGUUUGGCCAUUGUGAAAGGACCUUUGCAGCUAACUGACCUCUUAUUACCACAACUGUCCACUACUGUGUCAGGCUGUGGAGCCCCCUCAGAAAACCUGCUGACUUUCUUCUUUCUUUCCUGUAAACAAGGGUCCAGCUGAAACUAUUUCUUCAGGGAGUGACAGAGAGAAACUUUUUUUUUUUUCCUAGUUAAUGCUUUAUUUUAAGGAUUACGGAUGAAAAGCUUUUUCUCCCAAAGCUCUCUGAUCUCCCCUUGUUUUUUUUCCUACCUUGUUCCCCUUUUUUGUGAAGGGCCUUUCUGGUGCCUUGUGCUGGCCAGGUGCCUUGCGUUGCCUGGGGAAGGAUAAAGAUCAAAUGAACUGGAAACCUGAAGUCUGGCAUUUUCUCUCACAGAAAAAGUGAGACGCUCCUCUUCUGUCUUAGGGUGUUACAGAUGCUGCCAGUAGAAAUCUCCAUGGUGCUGUUUAGCAAGUUUGCUUUGAAACAUUUUCCUUCUAAUUGUGAUUUAUUAUAUUUUUUUUUCUACAAGCAUUUCCACAGCUUCCCUGUGUUUCUCUUGAGUUCCUGCUGAAGAUGUGCACGUUGUGUCCUGGACCAGAGUGUGCCAUGCAGAGCCUGGGGAACGUCUACCACAGGUGGCUGCUGGGGUGGGGGGGUGGUGGAUGCAAAUCUGAGACUGUGAAAUUUUGUACCCAACUUCUGUUUGUUUUUUUUUUUUAAUGUUUAGAAAGAGGCAUGGUCUGAGUUUGGGCAGCCUAUGUCUUCUUUUGCAAGUAUGAGGCUCACAGCCUGUGGACAGCAGUCCCUGGAAAGCGGAGUUGCCUUUAGCCACGGCAGUGCUGAUGAGCUGCCUUUGAAAAACAGAGGGUUUCAAGUCCUUUUAUUGCUUCCCUCCCACGGGCUGUGUGUGGUCACGCCUGGCAGUGCUGUGCUGGGGGGUCUGUAAUGACAAGCCGGUGCCUAGUGGGAGCUGGAUUGGGUCCCGCUUGCCCUUGGGCAGGGCCCCCAUGCCUGAGCUGAGCCUGGCUGUGUUAGCUGUGCCCAGGGGUGAUUUUUGGGGCCCAGGGCUGUUCCCUGCUGGACAUUGCUUGCUGUUACCAGGGCUGAGGGUGAGUAGGAGCCAAGGCCCUGGGUGCUGCUGUGGUCUGGGGGCUGAGAUAUUGCUGUUUCACUGUAAAAUGUAAGUUAAAUAGCGAUAUGUACACACCUAUAUUAUCUAUCCUGAGAAACACUAAUCCUAGGUUAUUAGCCUGAUUAUUAGGUUGCAUGAAUAGAGAGGUAUUAAUGUCCUCAGGACCUGAUGCUCCCCUCGACUGUGGUGGCUGGAGUCAGCAGUGCCAGGAUGGAGCAAGGGGCUGCAGGCUAUGAGGACCUGGCAGGGAAAAGUACUGUUUUGGGGUGGGGAGUGGGGUAUGUGUUUUUUUUUUUUUCUUCCCCCUCCCUCCUCUUGUUCUGAGGAAAGCUAGCAGAGCAGAGGAGGUGCAGGGGGAGACUAGAGGGAGCCCCUAAGUGCUAGUGUGGGCCAUGGAAAGAUUUGGAGGUGGUGCAGCAUGUUGGCUGAGGGCCCCUGCACAGUGCAGGCUGCUGCUGCUGUCUGGCUGGGAAGGAUGCAGGAGGGUAGUGCUGCCCUGGGCCCAUGCCCAUGGUGUUUCCUCCUCUCUCAUAGCUCUGGCUUGUGCCCCGCCAGGGGCAGGACUGUGGCCUUUGCCCUCUGUCACCUUUCUGGGGCAAACCCUGAAGUUUAGGGCCCUCCCCAUCAUCCUUAAGUAGUCCUUUCCUUUUGCUAUCCUCCGUCCAGGGAAGGGAGAAACUUUUCCCUGAGCUCCCCUUUUCUGCCCUGUUCAAAGCAGAGCAGGGCUGGGGAGAUCCCAGUGCUGCACUGGGUGCAGGAGCACUGUGGCUGUGCCUGUGCUCUGGUGUGGCCAUGCUGCCCCAGGGGACAGGCUGGAAGGAGGUGGGAUGGGGGAAUUAUUGGAUUGGAACUUAGGGAGCAAGCAACU